AUGUCUAGAGUCUCGUCCCCAAGCUCAAUAUCCUCUCAGGCUGUGCCAAUCCCUAAUCCAUACGCGCCAAGCUCUGGUCCACGGCAGCGGUCGAUGUCAAAUGGAUCGGCAUAUUCCUCGUUCUCAGCAACUGCCCAUAGUCCUUACGGUAGCUUUGCGUCCCGGUCGAACCUCGCGGAAGCAUCCCAUGUCUCGUCUAUGUAUGAUCACCCGACUUCCAAUGGAGGACUAGAUGUGUCGUCUUCUUCGGUACAGACCUUGACUGCCCCUGUUUACACGGCCUAUGCACCAUCGCCCUCACUUCUAGGAACCAACGAUCCAUUAGGCCGCAUCGCAGGACGUGCGCCUUUGAUCAGCUUCGGGUGCGGGGGUAGAUUAGUGACGUGCUUCCACGGUUCUUCCACUCUGAACACCGGCUUCGAUGUCGCCUUGUCUUCACGGCAAACCACAGGUGUUACGGUCAGGCCUUUGCAUCAGAUCAUACCAGAGUCUGCUCUUGGAAACUCGACGGCCUCGUUCCCUGGUCCAUUAUUCUGCGAUCCCGGCUCUCCAACGGCAACCUUGGCCAUCCGCCCCGGAGCGUCCGCACAGACGAAGGUCAACAAGGCCCGCGUGACCAAAUAUCUUGAAGAUCGUGCAGAGGAGAUGUCUCGCGGACUUGGCUAUCUCACGCAGGGUAGUGCUGAACGGAAGGAGGCCGAGGGGAAGUUGGUAUUGAUGAAGCUUUUGAGGAUCAUGGUAGAGAAUGACGGUCGCUUGGCUGGCAGCCCCGAUAUCGAGCAGUCUGUACGAGUAGCACUUGUCAGUCGGCUCGCCAACUCCGCUCUCAAUGCCUCUGCGAGCGGCGGAGGGUCUACGACCUCAGCGCUUUUCGCGGGGCCUGGAUCAGAAGGCUUGCCUGUUGCCUCAGACCUCGCUUAUCCCUCGCUCGGCCUUCCUGCUGCCGUGGAUCCCAGCGAUACGAUUCUGGCCACUCAUACCGUGAAGGCAUCGUCUUUGGACAAAAUACAAGACUUCCUAAUUCGGGGAGAUCGUCGCCAGGCUUAUCACUACGCUCUUGAUCAACGGUUGUGGGCGCACGCUAUGGUCAUCGCGAGCAGCAUUGACAAGGAUGCUUGGAAGGAGGUUGUCACGGAGUUUAUCAAGAGCGAAGUCGGGAGUACGGGAAGUGCACCGCUGGCUGCUCGUGGUAAAGAUGCGCCUACGACGGCCAUCAGUGGGCGCGAAAGUCUCAAAGUGGCAUACAGUCUCUUUGCUGGCCAAGGAGCAGCAGCUGGUACGUUCCCUGUCCUUGAUUAA